GCAAAAUGGAUUCGGACCCUAUGACAUGAACCAAACUACACCGACCCAAUCAAAACUGAUACGGAGUAUUUAAGUAGUCCGCCAUUUCUGUUCUUCUUCAGUCAGACCGCUCUCAACGACUCCCACAAAUUUAGCGGAGACCUCUCGUCAUACACAUCAACUUGAUCGAUCGGUCUUCAAGCUGCGAAAUUUGCGAGUGCAGCACCUCUCGUCAUACACAUCAACUUGAUCGGUCUUCAAGCUGCGAAAUUUGCGAGCCAUGGAAGAACAUGGUGUUGCCACUCCACAGCAAAUGGAGGCAGCUGAAGCUGUAGGAUUGAAACUGCAUACGUUGCUGGCUAGUGAAGAGAUUCAUGCAGAGACCAGGGAGAAGCUCAGGAAUAUUAACCUUCUCCGCCAGGAGAAGAACAAGACGAAUAGGAAAUUGGACGCAGUCAACAAAGCGCUGUCCGUGCUUAAAAGGGAAGGCGGCAAAAAGAGGUGGGAUGAGAUCCUUUUACUCCAAGAGCAGAAGACGAAUCUUUCAAGACAGAAGACUGCUCUAAAGAAGGAACUAGACUCAAUUGACCCAGAAGUUGAGGAGAAAUUCAGAGUGGAGUAUAGACAGCUAACCGCAGUCAAUGACCAAAUGGAUAGUGAACUGCGUGAAAUGAUUGCUGGUUACCGGGUGUGCCGGGUGACUACCUUGCGGGAGCUUGAGAGGCUGCGAAAGAUUGGGAUGCGGGUCUCGCCCAUCCUCGAUGAACACCAAGUGAAUCUGAUGCAAGUUGCCACGCUUAGGGACUGCACUUCCGCAUGGUUGAUUGCUCCACCCUAAACAUCCUCUUCUCCCAAAAAUACAAGCACGUGAAGAGAUGGAUUGGAUACUCCCUUGCUUGUGUUCAAAAAUACAACUUGCGGCUCCAUCUUAUAUCUUAAUAAUGCUUGCUGGGUAAUACCUUAGAACAGCAAGAAAUGCAACUUUUACCUUCAAACUUGUUCUAGCUCUACAUAGAAUAUAUAUAUACUAUAUAUGAUAGCUGGCCUGGUGAUGUUUGGGAUGUGAGUAGACAUUCCAUUCCUGUGGGGGACACUAUGCAAUAUCCUCAUCUCACCACGUGUCCUCUCCCAUCCCCACCCACCCCCGCGUAUGAUAAGCCAUCAAUCAACAUCAUAGGCGGCCUAGCUAAAAAUAUUGUAUUGUUCCCCUCCCUUACCUUGUUGCAAUCUAGCUAUAUUGGUCCGUAU